AUGAAGUCACUAGUCUUUGACAAAGACAACAAUGGCGUUAUAACUUCGACAGAAUUGCGUCGCGUAAUGACAAAUUUGGGUGAAAAGUUGACCGAUGAAGAAGUUGAAGACAUGAUAAAAGAAGCGGAUGUUGAUGGCGAUGGCAUGGUCAACUACGAUGGCAAGUUUCAUGAAAUCUAA